AUGAGCACCCAAGAAGUUAUUCCUGAUUACCUCAUGCCUGCCACUUCUGGAGAACAGCUGCUCGAUAACGGUCAAGGCAUCAUUGACCCCGAUGUCUACUUCAACACAAACAAGCCCCCUGCUGAUCUCGACCGCUUUGAACAAAGAUUGUCAGCCUUUGUUGAUUAUCACCGUCAGCAAGGUACUCGUGUAGUCCUCAUUACGAGUGGUGGCACCACAGUACCUCUUGAGAACCAGACCGUUCGCUUCAUUGAUAACUUUAGCAACGGCAACCGUGGUGCUACAUCCGCUGAGUACUUCAUCAAGGCUGGAUACGCUGUUGUAUUCAUGCAUCGCCAGUUCAGUCUCGAACCUUUCCAACGCCACUAUACACACAAUCCCAACAGGGCUUUUCUUGACUACAUGGUCACCAAAGAGGAUGGCUCAGUAUGCGUGGAUCCAGCCUAUGCAAAGGAGAUGCAUGUCAUUCUCACCGAAUACCAUCGUGCAAAGGAACAAAACAUGCUAUUGCAACUCGACUUUGUGACCCUCUCAGACUACUUGUUCAAAUUACAAAGCGCAUGCCACAUCCUCGCUCGCCUUGGCAAUAAAUCCAUGUACUACCUUGCAGCUGCCGUCAGUGACUUUUUCAUCCCAUCCCAGAAAAUGGCUGAGCACAAGAUUCAAUCACGUGAUGGUGCUCUUAAUUUGGUGUUGGAUCAAGUACCCAAGUUCUUAAAGCCAUUGGUGAGCAACUGGGCAUCACAAGGUUUAAUCGUUUCGUUCAAGCUCGAAACAGACAUGUCGUUAUUGGUUCCCAAGGCAAGACAAGCAUUACAACGUUAUGGACAUCAAGUUGUGAUCGGCAACAUGCUCAAGACGCGUAAACAAACGGUGACGAUGAUUAUGAACGCUACUGAAAAGGAGCUAUCGCUGACGCCUGAAGAACUCAAUGAAGGUGUUGAGAUUGAAAGCAUGAUUAUACCGGCUCUUGUACAUAUCCAUGAUCGUUGGAUUGCGUCUGGUCAUACCGACAGUCCGUAG